AUGCUUAGAUUUGGUGUCUGUAAAAAGAAAGUUGAGAAAUAUAUAAGAAGGAAGGUUAAGUCUGGUAUAUCCCCGGAAAUUAGAGGUCUGUAUUGGAAAUGUAUAGCACAGACUAAUACAUUUAAGUAUUGUCUCCCCAAUGGUCUUUACACUCAUUUAAUCUUUUUUCCACCGACACUCGGAGACAACGAAAUACAGUUAGAUAUCAAUCGAACAGUCUAUUCCAAAUAUAGAAAUCAUAAUACUCGUUCACUAUUUAAUGUUCUGAGGGCCUAUAAUUUAUAUAAUCCCGAUGUUGGUUAUUGCCAAGGAAUGGGAUAUAUUGCCGGAAUGUUGCUGACCCAAAUGAAUGAAGAGGACGCAUUUUAUACCCUGAUUAGUAUGCUGGAGAAGUACAAUUUGCAAGAGAUGUAUAGGCCAGGUCUGCCUGCCUUGGGUGAGAUGUGUAAUUUUUUAGACCGAUCUAUCAAAAGGUCACUGCCAAAGUUAUACAGUCACUUUUUGAAAGAAAAGGUCAACACUUCAAUGUAUGCCGUACAGUGGUUCAUGACCCUAUUCACUUAUAACACGACAUUAGACCGUGCCGCUCCUAUUUGGGACCUUUUCUACAUCAGAGGCACUGAAUCUCUUCAAACCGUAUCAUUGGCAUUACUUAAACAUCUUGAACCAAAAUUAUUGCAAUUGUCACUAGAGCCCCUAAUUAACACAUUAGUUUGUCUGGGUGACGUGGAUAUGACAAAGAUCGUUCAGUCUGCCAUAAGGCAUGCCUAG